GGCCCUGCGCCCAAAUGUUAAGGCAACCCUUGCAGUAUGCACGCAAGCAUUCUGGCUAUGUAACCCUUCCUCCAAGAAUACCACAUCAUCAUCAUCAUAGAAACGGAAGAGGCAUGGCUAUAGUUCGACAAAGAACACAGUAGUAGUAAUCAUCAUCAUCCCACAAACACACACAGAUCACAAUGGUGGGGCCAUCUCAAUCCCCUCGGAUACCACUCCUAUCACCGCCCCUAGAAGAACAAACGAUAAAAGCAACAAGGAGAAGCGGAAGUUUAACGGGCAAUGAAGGUAGCACAGUCAAAGCAAGCGCAAAAGAAGAAGGAAAAUAUACAGAUGAUGAAAAUCAUACAACAACAAAGCUUAGAUCUACUUCUACUACGUCAAAAACAGCAGGAUCGAUUGAAGAGAAUGAUGAUUUAGAAGCAGCGGAAGAAGAUAUGAUUGCUAUUGCAGGACACGAAACAGUUUUGCAAGACGGCGGAUAUAGACAAGUAGGAGGUAAUGCUUUGCGCAAUAGUAGCAGCAGUGUAAAAAGUACAAUGACAAGAAGAAUCUUAAUCAAUCUGGCUCUCAUUGCAAGCUGGUUCUUCUUUUCAACUUUGAUGAACCUGUACAACUCUUGGCUCUUUUCCAGGAAAAGGACAAAUUUCUCUUAUCCUUUAUUCACCACGUCUAUACAUAUGGUCGUUCAAUUCGCUCUUUCGAGCAUGGUCAUGUUCUUCUGUCGUAGAAACCGCAAGAUCGUACCACGUAGAAGAAAUGGAAAGCGGGCAAGACCAAGCAUGCAAGAUUAUAUGGGCAAAGUGAUGCCUUGUGCAUUGGCAACCGCAUUGGAUAUUGGCUUGUCAAAUUUAAGUUUGCAAACGAUCACUUUGACGUUUUAUACAAUGUGCAAAUCUUCCAACCUGGCUUUUGUACUCUUAUUCGCAGUCAUUUUCGGAUUGGAAAAACUUCGUCUUUCGCUUAUCGGGAUCAUCACUUUGAUCACUGUGGGUGUUAUCAUGAUGGUAGCAGCAGAAACGGAAUUCGUAUUGGAAGGGGCGAUUGAAGUCUUGACUGCUUCUGCUAUGGGAGGCUUACGUUGGGCAUUGAUGCAAAUGUUACUCAAACGCAAAAAGAUGGGAAUGAGCAAUCCGAUCGCAACAACAUUUUGGCUCAGUCCAUUGAUGGGAGCCUUUAUGAUCAGCGGAAGUUUAUUGAUUGAGAAUUGGAAGAAGCUCUUCACUUCACCUUUCUUCUCCGAUGCGCCUUCUUCUUUCCAUACGAUCGGAUUGUUGGUCAUGCCAGGCUUCAUUGUGUUUUGCAUGAACUUGUGCGAGUUCUCACUCAUUCAGCGUACAUCUGUGAUCACCUUGAGCGUUGCCGGUAUUUUCAAGGAAAUUCUGACAAUCAUGAUCAGCAGUACCGUAUUUGGUGAUGAAUUGACUCCGAUCAAUGUGACAGGAUUGUGCGUUGCUAUUCUCGGUAUCAUAUUGUACAACUACUACAAAUAUCGCUUACUCCUUCAAAAGAUUGCUGAAGGCGGUUCCUUCAGCGGACACGGGGAGGAAGAGGACGAUGACGAUGAUGAAGAUCGAAUUGAAACUGUCGAAGGAAGGCACGGUAGUAGCUAUACAGAACUUGAGGGAGGAGAAGUCCCCAAUGGUAAAGCUAGGCACGUCGAAGGCGGCAUUUCUUCGAUAGCCUUAUCUACAGGUCAAGGAAGCAAAAAGGAUGAAGAGGAUGAAUCCCUUUUAACGGAAGCUGAAAGAAAGCGAAGACGUGAACGUGAAGAAGAAGCAGAAUUAGGCGGCUGGCAUUCUAGUGGAUUUGAAAGGACAGGAAACGGUUGGGACGAUGGUCGCGGGUACGACUCUGAUGAGACUGCAUAAGGGGGGAUGGACGAUUAUGCUUGCUUAACCCAUGAUCUACUUGCAACGUCUACAGUGUCUGUCACAAUCUUAUUGUACUUUAAUGAAUAAAUGUAUAUCCAAUUCCAUCAUUCCACAGUAGCAGUGAACAUUCAUAGUCGUAC